UACGGUGGAUAGUAUCGAACUGAGACCGCUACACAAGUAUUGGGUACUGCGUGCCCUUGCCGUCGCUGCCAGCCUCGCCUACACAGGAAGUUGCAAGUAGCCUCAGACAUUGAACAUCGCUCUGGACAGCGGCUUGUAGACAGCCACCUGCUGCUUGUCAUCGCCAUGCUCAUUGGCUGCCAGAAAUAGUGCAACUGCACAAAAACAUUUGCCAAUUCACAAUUUGCCUCACAUUCUCGACGCAACACCACCGCGAGUGCAUGGUCAUUUUGCCCGCUUCACAUCGGCGUCGUUAAACUUCUAGCAGACUAAUAACGCCCCAUGCCGGCCUCCAAGAAGCGCAUUCAGAACCGCGGCACGCUCAACGUGGGCACACAGCAAGUGCCCGCUUCAUUGAAAGACUGGGUGCACAUUUGGCACGGCGUCAAAGUGAACAAUGGGUUCGAGGACACGUCUAUUUUCCACGCCGGCUCGCGUAUCGAGGAAAUGCCGUUUUGGAAACAGUUCAUCCGAUUGCCAGCCAAUUCUCUAUUUCCCAGAGUUUUUACGAGCUCGAACCCAAGAAAACCAUACAAAGAUUUUCUCUACGUGUUGCUGAAUAUGCGGUGGCCUAUGCUACUGACCGUAUUGCUCGGGGUUUUCAUGAUUAAUAUUUUCUUUUUCGCGGCGAUUACGUGUUUUGUCUGUGGAGAACCGACGAAUUUCUUCGAGGCUUUCGACUUGAGUUACCAGACUUUUACCACAAUUGGCUUCGGCGUUGUAUACCCCACACACACUUGUGGCAAUGUGAGCAUGUCGGUGGAGUCGUUUGCGUCCAUGAUGAUUGUGUCGGCCAUCACGGGUCUGGUAUUUGCCAAAUUUGCAAAACCACAAGCCAAAGUGGCGUUCAGUAAGGUUUGCGUUGUACAACCCUACGGGAAAAAAUAUUUAGCACUUGUGGUACGAGUUGCCAAUGCUACACAGUCACGAGAUGUGACUCACGAUGUUAUCAUGGAAGCAGUUUUCAAGGUAAAUUUACUGCGUGUGGAGCACAAGACGAAGCACAUUCGAGCACAUGACGACGAAGUCUCGGAAAAGCGACGACGCUCGCGUAUAGCGGCUAAUUUCAUGGUUCCAGAGGCUGUAGAUGCUGUAAAUGACCCCGCUUGCUCGUCUACAAAAGUUCUGACUUCGUAUAACCUCAAAUUGCUGCAAAAUAACUUCAUCACGUUCCGUAUGGGCGUGGCUGUGGUACACGUGAUUGACGAGAACAGUCCGCUCUACGGAAUGUCCAAGAACGACAUUGCUCAGUCCGAUAUGCUCGUAGAAGUGGCCAUGUCAGGUGUUGAUUCCACCCUUCAAGACACAGUAUCCGAGCGGUAUAUCUACACUGCAGCGAAUAUGAUAUGGGGUUAUCGUUUCGCCGAGUUGCUGGAGUUUAACGAGAAAAACGCAGAAGUUAUCAUGAACUUUGCCAAGCUCAGCGCCGUGGAAGCUGCUCCCAUUGACGAUGUCCGUUAUCUCAAGCCAAUCCUCUCUGACAGUAACCCUUAUGAGAACGGAGAUAGCGGAUAUACUCACAAUGUGGCUCACCGACGACCUCAUCGGAAGUCAAGAGCAUCUCUUCAUCAGGAAGACAAUCCGUAUCAUGACGAAGCGAUCCACGAAGUUCCAGAAGAGUACACGGAGCCUAUCAUGGUGAGUUCGAGGUCCAAUUCAUGGGACGCACAGUCAGCAGACAAUUCACCUGCUCAGCCACAUCCUCCUGUUUCGUUUCCGAAGAAGAAUGGCCCAAAGAAGUUUGCCAUGGGGUUAGAACCGUUGUUCGAGCCACUACUACAGCAGCCAUUUGGAACACAACGGAUACCAAAGGCCCCGUCCGCUGAAACUAAAGCUGCUCAAAGGGGAGGGUUGCGAGUAUGGAGAGCAGAUGAACAGCCAAGUGUACAGGAAGGACGACGAAGACACACUACGCUGCAGUUGCCAAAGGGCAACUCAAUUGUUCAACGUCGUAAUAGCUGUGGGGUAGAGCAAAACAGCCAGGCUAUUGGUCGCGGCUCCUUUGCGAGCCCAGGUGGUCUGCGAGCAAAGGACCUCCUUCAACGAGAAAUGGCUGGAACUGUUCUGGAUGACGAUACCAGUACAAUCUCUCAAGAAGACAAAGAUUUGGAGGCUGUGGAUGUCGACAUUGAUGAUAACGACAGCGGAGAGGAGGAUACCAGUCGACCACGUAUGCGAGCUCAAUCUUCCGCGUCUGCUGUGUCGAUCGAAGUGGAGGACACUCCUCGAUUCCUACGUAUCCAGCCAGUCCACAUCCCGAAAUCCUUCAGCUUUAUGCGGUUUUACCAAAGCGCUCUUCACGUGGGCUGGCCAAAGAUCACGUUCGUGUUCAUACUUUCGUUCUUAGCUCUCAAUUUUGGCUUCGGACUGCUGUAUUGGUUUGACAUUAGCCGCAUUGCGGUAUACGACGACGUCGUGGUUUCGGACUACGAGUUGGCGUUCUACAUGAGCGUCCACACACUUGCUACCAUUGGAUACGGGUCCAUUGCACCGAAGCCGGACGCUGGUUACAUGAAUAUCAUCGUGUUCGUCGAAUCGAUGGUGGGAAUCAUCACGGUGACGAUCAUCACAGGCAUCGCAUGGUCAAAAUUUGCUCGACCUCGAGCUCACAUCCAUUUUUCGGCCAAGAUGACGAUUUCUACCAUCUACGGUCACCGUUGCCUCGUGUUUCGAGCUGCUAACACCAGACACUCGGGCGAGGUACACGAGAACUUCUUCCGCAUAGGUGUGAUCCUCACAAAUCGACGCACAGGUCUUCGACAAAUGUACGACGUACCGCUCGUGACUGCAGAGUGGCCGUCUAUCAAGCUACCAGCGACGCUCAUCCAUGUUAUCAACGAGAACUCGCCAUUCUACAAGUUCCAUUCGACGGAGGAUCUCUCGCAGUCUCGCGUUGCUGUCAUCGCGUUGCUUACGGGUCUUGACACAACCUUCUCGGAGAAUGUGUAUGCGCGCAAAAUGUACUUCUGGGACGACUUUGCCUACGAUAUGCGCUUUGCAGACUUCGCUGUGAUCGAGCGUGACCGCGUAAUUGUGGACUACAAACUCUUCGAUCAACUCCUACCUGAAGACAGAGACGAACACGUUAGCACCACGCCAGUGCUCUCCGUGAGGUCUUCGACCGCUGAUUUGGUUUAACACUUACCGAUGCUGUACUUUAGUAGCUUGUUGCAUAAGUAAAUUGAGCAUACACCAAAUUCACAAAUGCACCAAGUAGGUUUCCAAAC